ACGGAACUAACAUUUGGCAAAAAUUGUUUUUCAUUUAGAAACUAAGUAAAAUUAUUUGUAUUCUAUAUGUACUAAAAAUACCAAAUAUAAAUAAAGUGAAAGAGUAGAACUCAGAUGUAAGUAACCUUUUAGAUUUUUUUUAAAGUAAAUUAAUAUAAGAAUGAGUAAAGAAGAAGUAUUAGCAACAUGCAAACAACGUUUCAAGGGAGUGGAAAAUUUUUUACGGAGAGUUGCGUUUAAUUUAGGAAACACACCGUCACAAACCGAAGUGAAAAUCAUUUCGUGCAUACCGAUUGACGUAACCGACCUCCAAAAAAAAAUCAAUGAUCUGGAGAAACAAUUGCGUCAGGCAAGCGAAACCCACGAGAGUAAUCCUCAACAAAGCUGCGAUUUAUCCUGUCCAAAAAAAGAACCCACACCCGUUUACAUAAGCAGAACAUGUGGACCAUCUAGAAGACAUCCGUUCAAAGUCACAUCACAGUACUGUUUACAAUGUUGUAACGAGCAUCACUUUAAGGAUACCUCCUCAGAAAGGACAUUCCUUAGCACCCCACCAUCAAACACCGAACGAUGUUACAUUUCAUGUCAUCAAUCUAAUGAUGAAGGUCAACAUUGCAGGCCUCUAGAACGAGGUAAAGAUAUGGUAAGAAGACGAAAAGCAAAGAAAAGUAUCGACGCGAAAGACUGUCCGAGAACACAUUUAGUUUAUUACACUCAAACACCAUGCUCACCGUUUAGCAAGAACCUUACAGGUUUAUUAAAUAAGGAAUCGCAAAAUAAACCAGACAACAUAAAAAAAUACUUUUCUAAUGUGAUAAAUAAGCAAUACAAUUCAACUUACCAAACUGAUGAAUUUUCGGACACCAGCCAUAUAAAUAAGCCGGUUUGUAGAGAUUUUCCACUCAAACGUAAAAUCAAUAACUCCGCUGUUUGGUCCUGCUGUCACGGCAAAUUUCAAAAUAUUGAUGAUUAUAUGCCAAAAAGUCUAAUGUUUGAACCGAUUCCAACUAACACAUUUAGGGACCGCAUUGAAAAUAAUUGCUUUUACAAUACAGACUUAUAUGAUAUGGUCCCUGUCAAAGAAUAUGCUAAAAAAACAGAACACAACAAAAAGAUUAAAGCUGAUACAAAUACAUUUAAAAAUAUUGAUGAGCGAUGGCCUACUCAUAAUAAGAACGAAAUAAAUCCAGUUAUUGUAAAUUAUUACCGGACCGACCAAGCAGCAUGUUUAACAAAAGAUAAACAUUCAAAGAUAAAGCGACAUCCUCAGUUACUAAACAGAAAUAAAUCUCGAAGUGAUUCCGUUAACUGUGGGCAAGUCUACGUGCGUCAAAAUUCGUUAAAAAGAGAAUCUGAAACCCCACAUUCUAAUAAGAUGGAACUCAGUCCGAUGACUAACAAAUCAAAGAGUGUUCAACUAGACGGAGACUUAAUCAACAAUCAAACUACUGAAAUGCUAAAUCAAAUUAAAAAUAUACUACAAACUGUGUUAAGGGAAGUUAAAACUAACACAGAAAUAAGAAGAUCUUUAGAGAAUAAGGUUAGGAAAGAUGCUGUUGUACAAAAAGGAUCGUCACAAAACAAUGUGCAGGGUACUUCGACUCUUAUGAACAGUUUUUCCUACAAUGAGGCAACGUCGAAACAUGGUUAUCCACACUUCGCACCAUAUCCCCAAAUACCGUCAGGCCACAUAUAUUAUACAGGCCUUCCGCACCAACACAUGAAGUACGUACAAAAUCUACCCUUUGUAGUUUCCUCGUUUCCAGGUCGUCAUGUAUGCGCGUGUAGUGUUAGAAAGAGCACGGAAAGGAGAGCAAAUUCAAUCGCCACCAAUACUGAGGGAGACUUGACAUCAAAGAAGAUUAAUGAAACUGACGAUCUUAUAAAAGAAAUCUAUAAAUCUGUAGCACUAAAUAUUGAUUAUCCUGACAAAAAUUCGACGAGCGAGUGUCAAGCAUUCAGGUCUGACGGUUCUGCAGGAUCUCAUUUGCAGGAUAUACAAAUAGUUCGCAGCGCCGACACGAACAAGACGGAUAAAGAAAUCGAUGCUUCGUUAACUCCUCGCAGGACUAACGCCAUUGUCCAGACGAGGUAUACCGAAUCGAGUUCUCAAUCAGAAGAUCAAAUCCCGACCAGGUUGACAAAAGACUCAAGAAAAAUACAAGCGUAUAAUAUGCAAAUACCAAAUAAUAGAGAGCUUUAUAGGUUGGAAGAAAAUAAAGGUUUCAAAGGCGCUUCUGAUGACACGGAUCUAUCAUACAGUGAUGACAGCUACGAAGCUGAAAUCACACCUACACGUAACGUAAAGAAACCUGCUAAGGAAGGAUUCUUCAAAAGACUAUUUAACUUGAACAAAAAGCAAAAAAAUGAAUCUAAAGGGGACGCAGAUUCUGCGAACGACACCGAGUCUGAAGACUACGAGACCGUGUACACGGACAGCGUGCGGGGGGACACGCGCUUGGACGGCCGCCGACAGAGGCGGAUCAACAUCCGGCUCAACGGGAAGAAGUUGGGAACGUCAAACCUGGAGCAGGAAGAGCGCCGCGCCUGGAGAGAGGCGCACACAUUGCGGUCGCCGCGCCCGCGCGUGCAAUGCGCCGAGCGGUGGAAGAGAUUCAUUUAUGAAAAUUAAAUGUGUGUCCAGUUACUUAAUAGUUGACCGAAAUAAAUCAGUGGCGUUGGAA